GGGACCACCCGGCCAGCUGGCCAGCCAGCCUGCGGAGACUCCCCGGUUAGCUCGCCCGGCUGGGGCUAGGGGCUGCAGCCCGGGCGGACCGGCGGGCGCCGAGGGCGGCCGCGGGCGUGUCGCAGAGAAUGAUGCAGCUGGCAGAGUAGGCGGAGGUGCUCUCGGGAGGCUGGGCGCGGGCCAGGCGGCUCCCCAGGCUCCGCAGUGCCGCCGCCGCUGCUGUCGCCCAGGAGGCUGGGCGCGGGAGCCAUGUAACCCUGCGGCGGGCUCCGGGCAGCUCCGUCCUUCCCCAGCUCCCGGGCUAGCGCGGCAGCGGGGCCACGAUGAAGAAGCAGUUUAACCGCAUGCGCCAGCUGGCCAACCAGACGGUGGGCAGGGCAGAAAAGACUGAGGUUCUGAGCGAAGACCUUCUCCAGGUGGAGAAGCGCCUGGAACUGGUGAAACAAGUGUCCCACAGCACACACAAGAAGCUCACCGCGUGUCUGCAGGGCCAGCAGGGAGCAGAGGCCGACAAGCGCUCAAAAAAGUUGCCUUUGACGACACUGGCUCAGUGCUUGAUGGAGGGGUCUGCCAUCCUGGGAGAUGAUACACUUCUUGGGAAGAUGCUGAAGCUCUGUGGAGAGACAGAGGACAAGCUAGCUCAGGAACUGAUCCACUUUGAGCUGCAAGUGGAGAGGGAUGUGAUUGAGCCCCUGUUCCUGCUGGCGGAGGUGGAAAUUCCAAAUAUUCAAAAGCAAAGGAAACAUUUAGCAAAGCUGGUGCUGGACAUGGAUUCUUCACGGACCAGGUGGCAGCAGACUUCCAAGUCUUCAGGGCUUUCCAGCAGCCUUCAGCCCGCGGGUGCCAAAGCCGAUGCCCUCAGGGAGGAGAUGGAGGAGGCUGCCAACAGAGUGGAAAUUUGCCGGGACCAGCUCUCUGCUGACAUGUACAGUUUUGUGGCCAAAGAAAUUGACUAUGCAAACUACUUUCAAACGCUCAUAGAAGUGCAAGCUGAGUACCAUAGGAAGUCCUUGACACUGCUACAGGCUGUGUUGCCUCAGAUCAAAGCGCAGCAGGAGGCCUGGGUGGAGAAACCUUCCUUUGGGAAGCCCCUGGAGGAGCACCUCAUGAUCAGUGGCCGUGAGAUUGCCUUCCCUAUAGAGGCGUGUGUAACGAUGCUGCUGGAGUGUGGGAUGCAGGAGGAGGGCCUCUUCCGGGUAGCCCCCUCAGCCUCCAAGCUGAAGAAGCUGAAAGCUGCUCUGGACUGCUGUGUGGUGGAUGUGCAGGAGUAUUCGGCAGACCCCCAUGCCAUUGCAGGGGCUUUGAAGUCUUAUCUUCGGGAGUUGCCAGAGCCUCUUAUGACCUUUGAACUCUAUGAUGAAUGGAUCCAGGCUUCCAAUAUUCAGGAGCAAGACAAGAGACUCCAGGCUCUCUGGAAUGCUUCUGAGAAGUUGCCCAAGGCCAAUCAUAACAACAUCCGGUACUUGAUCAAAUUUUUAUCCAAACUGUCUGAAUAUCAGGAUGUAAACAAGAUGACUCCUAGUAACAUGGCAAUUGUCCUGGGACCCAACCUCCUGUGGCCACAAUCAGAGGGGAACAUCACCGAGAUGAUGACCACGGUUUCACUGCAGAUUGUCGGAAUCAUCGAGCCCAUCAUCCAGCACGCAGACUGGUUCUUCCCUGGGGAGAUAGAGUUCAAUAUCACAGGCAGUUACGGGAGUCCGGUCCACGUGAACCACAACGCCAACUACAGCUCAAUGCCCUCCCCAGACAUGGACCCUGCUGACCGGCGCCAGCCAGAGCAGGCCCGCCGGCCCCUCAGUGUUGCUACCGACAACAUGAUGCUGGAGUUUUACAAGAAGGAUGGCCUUAGGAAAAUCCAAAGCAUGGGUGUGAGGGUCAUGGACACAUCUUGGGUGGCUCGAAGAGGCUCCUCUGCUGGUCGGAAAGCAUCCUGCGCCCCGCCUUCCAUGCAGCCUCCCGCCCCACCCUCCGAGCUGGCUGCGCCCCUGCCAUCACCCCUGCCGGAGCAGGUCCCAGACAGCCCUGCCACUCCAGCUCCUACACUCUCUCCAUCAGGUGCCAGCCUGCAGCCCACCCCUGAGCGCCCCAGUGUGUCCAAAAGCAAGGAGCUGUCUCCAGGGUCUGGGCAGAAAGGAAGUCCAGGUUCUAUCCAGGGGACAGCCUGUCCAGGGACGCAACUGGGGCCACAGCCGGCUGCCAGCCCCAGCCAGCUUCCUGCAGACCAGAGUCCUCACACCCUCCGGAAAGUUUCAAAGAAGUUGGCACCCAUUCCUCCCAAGGUCCCCUUUGGGCAGCCAGGGACUGUUUCCGACCAGCCCACUGGCCAGCCCUCCCCCGUCAGCCUGUCUCCUACUCCACCGAGCACUCCAUCACCCUACGGACUGAGCUACCCUCCAGGGUACUCCUUGGCCUCUGGCCAGCUUUCUCCUGCCUCAGCCCCUCCCCUAGCCUCUCCCUCUGUCUUCACAAGCACUUUAGCCAAGUCUCGGCCCACCCCUAAACCCCGACAGAGGCCCACCCUGCCACCUCCUCAGCCGCCCAGUGUCAGCCUGUCGGCCUCGAGUCCACAGUCCACGGAGAACCCCAUGCUAGACGGCAUGUCACCAGGGGAAAGCAUGUCUACAGAUCUUGUCCACUUUGAUGUCCCCUCCAUCCACAUAGAGCUGGGGUCAACGCUCCGCCUGAGCCCCCUGGAACACGCACGGCGGCACUCGGUGACUGACAAGAGGGACUCGGAAGAAGAGUCUGAGAGCACAGCUCUUUGAUGUGGCCCACCCUGACACGUGUACAUACAUCCAUGGGCCUCCAGACACCACCCAGAGCAGCGCCCCUCGCCUGCCAAGGAUUUCCCAUCAGCCCUUUGCUGUCAUGUCCAACACCAGGGUGGAGAUGGGCAGAGGAAAAGAGCCCUCCCGUCCAUGUGGCGAGUGUUGGUGGUGCAGAUUAUGUUUGUUCGUUUGGGGUGAGGAUUCCAGCCUUUUGUUUGACCUUUGCCUUUUGACUUUGUGCCUAUUUUGAUCCAUCUUUGGCCUCUAUGGCAAGCAGCAUCCACCUCUCCACUCAAGGGCUUGCCAGGACAGCCUUUGCAGUAUGAGGGUGCAAGAGAAGGUCCAGCUACUGCCUUGACUGGGACAUCAGGUCCUCCAGCAUUACCAUAAGAGCCAGAGGGGAAGCAGGACAGGUGGAGAGACUUCCACAGGGCAAGAGAAGUCCUGGGCACUGUCUGUCCUCUGCCUGCUGCCAGGGUCCUGGCCAACCAGAAAGACCUUUUAGGCUACCCUCAAUCACAGCUCCAAAUUAAACAGCUUAACACAUCUACGUCUGACAGCUUUAUUUCCCCCACAUUGAUGGAAGGCUCCCUUUACUUCAUAUUGGCAUUUCUGAAUUGAGGAUUUGAACACAGACCCUAUUUGGGUCUCCAUGUUCUCCACACACUUUAGGUAUCUGAGAGUGACUUUCCCAUCCAGGCACCCAGCUUAGUAGGUAUGUGGGGCCUGGCGCUCCUCUUCUGGGGGUUGCAGCUGACUAGCAAUAAUUCUGUUCCCUAGAGCAGAGAGGGAGUGGUACUGGCUACCCGGCCGGCCCACGGUGUGGACUGCUUUGCACACCAGCAGACCCUGCUCAUCCUUCUCACCACGCCCCAUCCAGCCCUUGGGCAGGGGCACAGGGAGCCUGUUCACACUUUGGGAUUAAGGAAAUAAAACAGAUCUGGGCCAUGCAUGCAAAGUCCAAGUUUAAAGUUUGAUCCUUUGAAAAUAGAUAUACCUAUACAUGAUAUAUUUGUAUAUACGAAAUCUAUAUUUGUUUAAUUUGAGCCAUUCAAUCGAAACCAAUGUACAGGUGUACAAUGAAAACUUCUAAAAGCUUAGUUAUUUUUCCCAGCAGUGUAAACUCACCCUUCUCCGAGAGUGGGAUCUGCAGACUUUUGACGUUACAGCUUUGCUCACUUCCUGGCAAGGGCGGUCCAAUCCCCAAUUUGUAACGGAGCCUGGGGGUUGAAGGUUAUCUUUAAAUACAUGUACAAAUUGUUGUCAAGAGUAAUGUUAUUAAAAUAGAUUUAUUAUCCCUGA